GAAAGCCUAUUUAUAUUCGUCUAUCCUUCUCCUCUCUCCUCUCUUUUUUAUUCUCUCUCUCCCUCUGUAAUAGAGGUGGACCUUCGUUGCGAUUUCCAGUCUCGUGGCGUCUCUGGACGUAAAUCUUCGAUCAUAGUUUGUGGUUAUGUGGUGUAAAUACAACAAUGAACAAUCAGAAGACUAUUGAGUUAGAGGAAGGAUGGGAGUUUAUGCAGAAGGGGAUCACUAAGCUGAAGAAAAUUCUAGAAGGGCAGCCAGAGGCACAGUUCAACUCUGAAGAGUAUAUGAUGCUUUAUACUACCAUCUAUAACAUGUGCACACAAAAGCCCCCAAACGAUUAUUCUCAGCAGCUCUAUGAUAAAUACAAGGAGGCGUUUGAAGAGUACAUUAAUUCAAUGGUUUUACCGUCUUUAAGAGAGAAGCAUGAUGAAUUUAUGUUGAGGGAGCUGGUGAAAAGAUGGGCAAAUCAUAAAAUUAUGGUCAGGUGGCUUUCACGGUUCUUCCAUUAUCUUGAUCGGUAUUUUAUUGCUCGAAGGUCCCUUCCUGCACUUAAUGAAGUUGGACUCACUUGCUUCCGUGACCUGGUUUACCAAGAGAUGAGGAGUAAAGUUAGAGAUGCCGUUAUCACACUGAUUGAUCAAGAACGUGAGGGUGAGCAGAUCGACAGAGCUUUGCUGAAGAAUGUUCUGGGUAUAUUUGUUGAAAUUGGGAUGGGACAAAUGGACUCCUAUGAAAAUGAUUUUGAAGAUGACAUGCUUAAAGAUACUGCUUCAUAUUACUCUCGGAAAGCAUCAAACUGGAUUGUGGAAGAUUCUUGUCCAGACUACAUGUUGAAGGCCGAGGAAUGCUUGAAAAAGGAGAGGGAUAGAGUUUCUCAUUAUUUUCACUCGAGCAGUGAACCAAAGCUAGUGGAGAAAGUGCAAAACGAGCUGUUGGUGGUUUACACAAACCAGCUGCUUGAAAAGGAGCACUCUGGAUGCCGUGCAUUGCUUAGAGAUGAUAAGGUGGAGGAUCUCUCUAGGAUGUACAGGCUAUUCUGUAAAAUUCCUAAAGGCUUGGAACCAGUUGCUAGUAUGUUUAAACAGCAUGUUACUGCCGAAGGUACAGCCUUGGUCCAACAGGCUGAAGAUGCAGCAAGUAACAAGGCAGAGAAUGCAGCUGGUUCGCAUGAGCAGGUCUUCGUCAGAAAAGUGAUUGAGCUCCACGACAAGUAUAUGACAUAUGUUAAUGACUGUUUUAUGGGCAAUUCUCUCUUUCACAAGGCCCUGAAAGAAGCUUUUGAGGUAUUUUGCAACAAAGCUGUUGGCGGCUCGCCCAGUGCAGAACUACUGGCUUCAUUUUGUGAUAAUAUCCUCAAGAAGGGUGGGAGUGAAAAAUUGAGUGAUGAAGCCAUUGAAGACACACUAGACAAGGUGGUCAAGCUGCUUGCUUAUGUUAGUGAUAAGGAUCUCUUUGCUGAGUUUUACAGGAAAAGGCUUUCUCGUCGUCUACUUUUUGACAAGAGUGCGAAUGAUGAUCAUGAAAGACUGAUCCUGACAAAGUUGAAGCAGCAGUGUGGUGGACAGUUCACAUCAAAGAUGGAGGGGAUGGUCACAGAUCUGACACUGGCAAAGGAAAAUCAGAACCACUUUGAGGAGUAUCUUGCCAAUAACACGAUUGCAAAUCCUGGGAUUGAUUUGACUGUUACCGUCCUUACUACCGGAUUCUGGCCAAGUUAUAAAUCCUCUGAUCUCAGCCUCCCUGAGGAGAUGGUGAAGUGUGUUGAAGUUUUUAAGGAAUUUUAUCAAACCAAAACAAAACAUAGAAAACUCACAUGGAUUUACUCAUUGGGGACUUGCAACAUAAACGGCAAAUUUGAGCAAAAAACUAUUGAGCUGAUUUUGGGUACCUAUCAGGCUGCAGUUCUGCUGCUUUUUAAUGCUUCCGACAAAUUGAGUUAUUCAGAAAUCAAGACUCAAUUAAAUUUGGCUGACGAUGACUUGAUAAGAUUGCUCCAGUCUCUGUCAUGCGCCAAAUACAAGAUUCUAAUCAAGGAGCCAAACUCUAGAACUGUCUCUCAAACUGACAGUUUCGAGUUCAACUCCAAGUUUACUGACAGAAUGCGGAGGAUCAGGAUUCCUCUCCCGCCAGUGGAUGAAAGGAAAAGGAUAGUUGAAGAUGUUGACAAGGACAGACGUUAUGCUAUUGACGCUGCGAUUGUGCGCAUAAUGAAGUCUCGCAAAGUUUUGGGUCAUCAACAGUUGGUUAUGGAGUGCGUUGAGCAGUUAAGCAAGAUGUUUAAGCCCGAUUUCAAGGCAAUCAAGAAGCGGAUUGAAGAUCUAAUCACCAGGGACUAUUUGGAAAGAGACAAGGAGAAUCCUAACACCUUUCGUUAUUUGGCGUGAUUCAAUCUGUUGAUUUAAAAGUGAGCUACGAUUGGGCAUUCAUUGUGAUUAAAAAAUGAAUUGGAGAUGACGCGUUGAGAGUGAAUCUGACACAGUAAAUUGAGAUGAAAGAUGCGAUGAUGAUGAUGAUUGCCAUUAUGAUUACAGUUUCUUUUUUUUUUGUUGAUGUUGGUAGUUGAAAACAGGAGACGUAUACACAUUUGUGAUUUCACUAGUAAUAUAGCCAGUUCUGCGUGGGUGACAGCAAAUAUCAAUUACCUUGAGUGGGAUUAUAGUAGGAGACCAUCGGACAUUUCGGGGCAAUGCUGCAUUUUGAAUUAUAAUUUUCAGUAAUUGCCCACCUUGCCCACCUUGCUUUUGCUAUUUUUAUUCCUGUACAAUUUUUGAGCAAAAGAAUUCAGUACAUAAACUUCCAAUUUCUUUGCUGUUCA